AGUUUGUCCAGUUGUGUCCAGGUGUGUCAGAGUGUGAAAUACAUUCAUGCGUGUUUGAACGUGAAUAGGGGCGUGUUUGUGAGCGUAUGAAGUGGAGUUUUUCGGGAGAGUGGCGCACUAACAAGGUAUAGACGGUCGACGACCUACGGGACUCCACGUCAGACAGUUCUACCAUUGAUAGAGACCAUUUAUAUCCAGACUACGUGUCAACAAGUUAGUCAGAGGAUCUGUGACGUAUCACUGAGAUGUCUGAUCAGGGUGAGCUGUACGAGAAGUGUUGGCUUCUGUAUCACAUCCUAGACAGGUCUAUAGGGAGCCGGGAGACAGUGGCUGUCAGGAGGAGAUCAGUAGUGGUGGCGGAACAACUACAAAAUGCUAGAGGAAGUAUACACGAUUUUUUUUUAACGGGAAGUAGGGCAGAAGGAUUGGGUUUACUGGAAUCGGACAAUGAUUGGAUGUUUAUUGACAAAAAUGUUGUAGUUUUGUGUCGAGAUCAAGAUAUCAGUAAUCAACUCGAAACCGCAAAUAAAUUAGUUUUAAUGAUGAGAAAGGCUGAAAGCCGACCUGGUUAUGUAAACCUGGAAGUACUUCACAAGGUACAUUCUGAUCCAUCUAUUGUUGCAGUAGGUGAUUCACAAUUCAUAUCAAGUGAAAAAUACAAACGGACACAUGCUGAUAUAGCGAGUCGUAUCUUACAGUUAGAUACGGAGGUUCAUGGCCCAGCAGUUAAAACAAAGUUUGAAUACAGUGACAAACCAUCGGAAAUGGAUAUUGUAUUUUCCUUUCCUUGUUAUGAUUGGCCAAGUGAAGCUAAUGAGUGGAUGUAUAGGUCACGCCUUCAUGACUGGCCAGAUAAAAAGUUGAUAGAACAGAUAGUACAAGGUGGCUGUCAUCUAAUCCCUGUAGGGGAUAAAACGUCUCCUGCUGACCAAUCCCUACAGUGGAGGAUAUCAUUCACGACUGCGGAAAGGAAACUUUUUCAUUCUUUAACUCAUGUCCAGUUUUUAGUAUAUGGACUUCUUAAGUACUUUCUGAAACAGAUAUCUAAAGAGUUGGAAAAAAUUUAUGGUGAAGCAGAUAUUCUGUCUUCGUAUAUUAUAAAAACAAUUGUAUUAUAUGCAGCAGAAGGAACAAGUGAAUCAUUUUGGCAAGAAAAACAUACGUUUCUAUGUUUCAUGUUUUGUUUGAAGAUUUUGAUCAAUUGGGUGAAAGCAGGAUACUGUCCAAAUUACUUUAUUAGGAAAAAUAAUAUGUUCCUUGGCAAAGUUCAUGGCCAAAAUCAACAGAAACUUCUUCGUUAUCUCACUGCCCUCCAUGAUAUGAACUGGAAUUGUCUUUCAGUUGGAUCAGGCAUACAAACAACCAUAGGAGAGGGUAUCCGUAGGGUGAGGAAUGGAGUAUGGGAUUAUGCUCUACCUCCACCAACACAUUCAGAACGUGACCGUGACGAAACAAUGUUAAGCAGUGGAGUAUUUCGUUUUAUCAACAAUUCUCCUGAUAUUAUCUCGUCGUUGGAACAACUUUCAGCAUCAACGUCGGACAUAGAUGAAUUCAUAGGCUACUGCGCUACUGGUCAGUCACUAUCUUGUGAAGGGAUGAAGAUAUUCGGUGAACACAUCAAUGCUAGAGGAAAUAAAGAGAAGUACAAAUCUCUUAGGAAAUGCAAGAACCUACUAAGACCAUUUUCAACAAUGUUUUCAAGUCCAGGCCUUCUUUAUUUGGCAACAUAUCACUAUAAGACUGGGAACUACACAAAGACACUGGAAAUAUGUGAUCACAUGACGUCUUCAUCCAAAAUUUAUCUUGAUGGUAUCAUAGACUGGACGGAGGAUUGGGACAGGUAUGAACAGCGCUAUUGUGGACGUGGGUACAACCUACUGCAAAAAUGUCAGGCAUUUGUAACAGAUAUGACGUUCGAUCCUCACACUUUGCAGUUCUGUCCAGUCCAAUUACAACAGGUGAUCACAAGUAAACGUGAAAUGUUUCCACCACACCUGCUACAGUCCUGCCCACAGUUACCACAGGUGUUGAAAUAUUUCUGUGACAAAAUUCCAUUCUUAGUUCCACCCCUCCCUUACGCUGUGUUCCUGUCUUUUCUGUGUUACCAUGAACUGGGGGACACUAGGAGACGUGACAGAGCAUUGAUUAAACUUCGGUACGUAAAGUAUGACUUGAGACAGGGAGUCGGUGAUCACUGGAUAGUACACAAUAUCUUGGGGAUCUGCUAUGAAAUGGAUGGAGACACACAUAGGGCUCUCAGGGAAUAUAGGAACUCUCAGUGUCUGAACCCUGCCAGGGAGUUGAUAGAGCGUUUACAACAGUUAAAUUAAAGGCAAUUAGACGACAAUCAAUGUAAUCAUUGUACAUCUGGCCAGUAUUUAAGGUAUACACCAUAACAUUCAGGAACUUCACAGUUCUGCCUACACCAGUUACAUCUGCAGAUAGAAUAUCGUUCUGACCAAAUUCAAUUCCCAGAUGCAUCCCUCCCUUACGCGUGUUCCUGUAUUUUCUAUGUUACCAUGAGCUUGGAGACAACAGGAGACGUGCAACAGCAUUGAUUACUCUUCGGGCCGUGAAAUAUAAUGAGAGAUUGAGAGUUGGUCAGCACGGGAUAGUACACAACCUCUUGGAGACAAUCAAAGUUAUACUUGUACAUCGGCCAGUAUUUAAGUUAUACAUACUAGCAUGAUACUAAACAUGUGUAUAGAUUUUUAUAGAUAUGGUUGAGUUAUCUUAGUAUGAAUAUCAACCUAUCCCCCAAAAACAAAAACAAAAGAUAAAAAUAACUGUGACUUUGAUCAUCAAACAUUUCAGUUGGGUGGGGUUACUAUCAUCACACAGUUGGGUGGGGGUACUGUCAUCACACAGUUGGGUGGGGGUACUGUUAUCACACAGUUGGGUGGGGGUACUGUUAUCACACAGUUGGGUGGGGGUACUGUCAUCACACAGUUGGGUGGGGGUAAUGUUAUCACACAGUUGGGUGGGGGUACUGUUAUCACACAGUUGGGUGGGGGUACUGUCAUCACACAGUUGGGCGUGGGUAAUGUCAUCACACAGUUGGAUUGGGAAAGUCAUCACACAGUUG